AGUGUGAAGGGAAAUUAAAUUGUUUUGUGAAUUAGCUAGCUCAGGCUUGUAUUUUAAUGUGAAAUUGUGUUAAAUGUGGUAACUGAAACACCUCCCAAAAUGCCCGAAUGUAGAAAUUGGCAUUCUGGGUGAGAGAGAAUGAAAAGUUGUCUCCUGUUUUUCACCUCUCCUCUGACUCACGAGAUCGUUUUUCAGAGUGGGAGGAGCCUGUAAGCGUCCUUAUAGGGCUUUGAGGUGGUUUUGAAGGGGAGCUGGAGCUCGCGCAGCGCAGUCCCACGCCUCACUUUACCACACACUCAGGCACUGUCUCGCUCGCGCCUCACUUCGGCACGCGCACUCCAACCUCCAUCCAUCCGUUCACCGAUCGCGCGCGAGGAGAAAUCAACACUUUGAAGCUUUCAGGACUGAGAGAGAGAGAGAGAGAGAGAGACAGGUGCUGCGCGCGCGUAAUAAUUUUAUCUUUAACAUUUUAUCCGACUAUUAUUUUAUUAUUUUAUUACUAGUUUUUAUUAUUAUUAUUAUUAUUAUUCUUUUCUGGAGAAAUACAUGCCUGUCACCGCUGCAUUGUGGGCCGUCAGGACGGAUUACAGCUUGAUUUUUAUUCAUAUGGACAAAUCUUCGCAUCUCUACGACCGGCUAUAACAACAUUAACAUUAACCCGGAGGGUUUAACGGAAACCGUCACAUUUAGCUCAGACACCUUCGCCUUGCCUUCACACAACUUCACUAGCUGCCCCUUCGCCGAUGGGCUCCGUAUCAGACUGCGUUGUCUAAAUGAAGUUCCUCCGCCAUGCAAUGUUCCUGGAAGGCUGUGAUUCUGCUUGGCCUGGCGUCCAUUGCCAUCCAGUACACAGCGAUCAGGACGUUCACGUCCGAGCCCUUUCAGAUCUGUCCCGUGCCGAGCUCCGUAAACUGCAGCCUGGCUCAGGAACCGGAGACUUUCGACCGAUUUUGUGAUGACUUUCCUUAUUUCCCAUACAACGCUUCCAGAGCGAAGACUCACAUUCUCAUUCUGGCCACCACUCGCAGCGGCUCGUCUUUUGCCGGCCAGCUCUUCAACCAGCACACGGACGUGUUCUAUUUAUUCGAGCCUCUCUAUCACGUCCAGAAUGCCCUGCUUCCUCACCUCACUCACAGCAGGUACACUUCAGAUCGCAGGGUGAUGCUUGGAGCAAGUCGUGACCUUUUGCGCAGCUUAUACCACUGCGACCUGUAUUUCUUAGAGAGCUACAUCAAACCUCUGCCUGCAAAUCACACCACAGAUAAGCUUUUCCGGCGAGGGGCGAGUCGGGCGCUUUGCUCGCCGCCUGUCUGCGACGCUUUCAACCUCAAUGAGGUGAAUAUUGAUGAGGGUGAGUGCGUGAGGAAGUGUACCCUCCUCAACCUUUCCCUGGCGGCUGAGUCUUGCCGAGAAAGGCGACAUGUGGCGAUAAAGACGGUGCGAAUCCCAGAAGUUGGCGAUCUCCGCGCUCUAGUGGAGGAUCCACGGCUCAACCUGAAGGUUGUCCAGCUGGUUAGGGACCCACGAGGCAUCUUAGCAUCAAGGAUCGAGACUUUUAGAGAUACAUAUCGCCUCUGGAGGAUCUGGAGGGCCACAGGGCGCAAACCAUACAACCUCGACCUGAGCCAGAUUACGACGGUGUGUGACGACGUCUUACGUUCCAUCAACACAGGCUCUGAGCGUCCAGCAUGGCUACGUGGCCGCUACAUGCUGGUGCGCUACGAGGACUUAGCGCGCCGGCCCCUCCAAAAGACCCGUGAGAUCUACGACUUCCUUGGAUUGACCAUGGAGAAAGGGGUUGAGGAGUGGAUUCGAAACAACACCAGAGGAAGCAACGAGGGUCUGGCGAAGCAUAAAUACGGUACUCUGAGGGACUCAGCUGCCAACGCUGAGAGCUGGAGGCUCAAGCUCUCGCACGACAUCGUUGAUUACACACAGACGGUGUGUCAGCAGGUUUUAGAGGAGCUAGGCUACAGAGCUGCGAACUCGCCCGAGGAGCUCAAGAACUUGUCCCUUUCACUGAUUGAGGACAAGACCUUUGCACCCUUUUUGUAGCGAGUGAUCACACCUACAGCUAUUUUUCUACACUUCAACUGUUGCCUUAAUUCGACAUAUUUUGCACUAUGAACUUGGGAAAUCGCUCGCAGUCACACAGUACAAACAGCACAAAAACAAACCAAAAUAUUCACUUCAGCCUGGAGGAGGCUUGGGGAUGAGAAUGGCAGAUGUGUUCAUUAUGUUUAUCUGGCUAUGAAGUCCCUGUAUUCAACCCAUUGCUUUGAUAAAGGUGGAUGUUUGUGGAGGGAGAACUGAAAAACAUAUCCAUGUGCUAAAUAGAGGUCUGAAAUGGUAACACCAUGCAAUAAACCUGUGAAUGUCGCAGUCUCACUUU